CAGAGGGUGAGGGUCCAUUUCGUUUCUCUCUGAGCCGCAGUGGGAGUGGGUGAGUGUUCAGAAAUGAGAGAGAGGGAAGGGGAGGGGGAGAGGAAGAGGUUAGGAUGUCAGUGCCCCAUUGUUUGAUUCGGUGACUGGGAAGGUGACAGGGAGAGAAGGAGAAUGGGUAGUCGGGAUUUCGGGGAGAGAAACAGAGAGGGAAGGAUGGGGAUGGUGAACAGGCCCGAGCAUGGUCCCUCGGUCCGGGAUUCACUCCCGAUCGUCCAUGCCCUGUUGCAUGUUCAGAUAAGUCUCUUUUUCAUUUGGAUUUUGAACUAAAAUCUUAAUUUUUUUUUUAUUAUUUCUUGCAUUUAUAUCUGGUGGCAUGUGGUGAUUGAGAGGCCAAAAUUAUUUUACAAAUCUUUUUGCACUGUUUGGUUAGGUUAGGCAGCAUGGUCUUGUGUUUUUUCAAUCGAUUUGGGGAUUUUCUAGCCUUGUAUUUAUUUGUUUGCUCUCUGUUGUUCAAAUUAUCAAACACUCUCCCUUUGUUUCUCGGGAAAAUACUUCAAUUUUCUGGUAAUCUUCUCCCCUUUCUGUAAAUUAUGAAUUUAAUUGUCUUCUCUAUAUAAAUUGAUUCAUACAUGUUCGAAAUUCCAAUAACCUUGUAAAGAGGAUUUUUAUGUUCAUUUUAAUUGCAAUUCAUAUAAUUAAGGAGGAUAGUUUGAUAUAGCAGUGGUCAUGGGAGUCUUGGUUUCGUUUAUUAGAUUAGCCAAUCUCCCUGAAAAGGUGAAGAAGGAACUUGAAGAUCCUCAUAGUAGAUACGUUGAAAGGCUAAUUUUAUGCGACAAGCGUACAACAGACGAAUCUCUAAUUCAAAGGCAAAAUCAAUGUCUGAGGUCACAUGAAAAAAAAAAAAAAGAAAUGGCAAGCAUGGCAAACUUGGCAAAGCUUUAUGUUUUGCCCUUGACAUCACUCGAGAGAAUUAUCUUACCUAGGUUGUGGAUGCCAAGAUCCAUCUUGAUGCAGGAAAUCUUGGAGACACCAUCAAGGAGAGAAAUAGCGUAUCUUCCCAAGAUUGAGCGAAAGUUAUGAUCUUUACUCGUCGCCAUAUCCAUAAAGGAUUGAAGAGCAAAUAUUUGAUGGUCGAGGACCAACUGGCUCUUUGGAGUGCAUUGAGAAAUAUAUAUAUAUAUAUAUAUAUAUGUAUGUAUGUAUGUAUAAUAUCACCACAUAACGGUGAUUCUCCCAGGAGCCCAUUAUGAGUGGAUACACCUAAGAAUCCAGGAUUUUAAGACGGUCAGUAAGUACAACUUUGUAAUGUUUAGAAUUAGCUUUCAGACGAAACUUUGUGGGGAGGAUAUCACUGAAGCAGACAUGCUGGAAAAGACAUUCAACACUUUUCAUGCC